CACACACACACACACGCGUGUAGUAUGAAAAGAUAUAGAUAUAUCAUAUGAUACAGAAUUAUAUCCAUUGUCUAACCAAUAUUCUAACGAACAGCAAUUUAUAGAAAAAUUAGUCAAUGAGAAUUUUCGUUUAAACAUUAAUAUACAAAUGGUGAUAUCGCAAAAACAUUUAAACAUUGCUGAAUGCGAAAACAUAAUAAUAUCAACUGAUAAAUAUGAAAACGACUAUGUUUCUGUAUCUACAAUUGAAAAAGUUGAAAUAGAAGGAAAUGAGAAAGGAAAUGAGAAUCAUGAGGAUGAGACGAUAUCGAUUAUCGAUAAGGAAACGCAAAAAUAUUCCAAGGAAAAAAGAUCGUACAUAUUAUGCUUUGGAAAUAUUCAUCAUAUCUCUGGAAGAGUAUUUAAAUCGACAAAAGGAUCGUCAAAAGAUUUAAAACAAUCACCAUGCAAGAAACGAAUGUUCUCUUUACUCGAUACAUUGAUUUCUACAUGUAUUGUUGGUCCCUUAACAAUCGGCUUUUGGAGAGGUAUAUGGACAAGCAUGGAUCGUCAUCCAAAAUUGUUUCCCAGUUGGGUCUGUUUUGUAUUCGGUGCUAUUUUGCACAUAAUAUACAUGAUUUUCAAAGGUCAAUUUCACAACAUGUUCAUAACCAGGUGGUCUAAAUUAAAUUCGCGAAAACGACUACCUUAUCGAGCAUUACGAAUCCUUUAUACUUACACCUUUGGUAUGGCUUGCAUCGCACAUUGGCGAGGUGGCUGGAUCAUCAUUGAUAAUUACUUAUUUAUGCAUAUAUGGAUAACAAUAUCUUUGACAUGUUCGUUAUUGGCGUGUCUGGUGAUUUUCCGUUGCAUUCGAAACUUGAUAGCAACCCCAUUGAUUACUAUCAUCGAUAUACCGAAUUGCAUUUUUCAAUUUCCUACUAGAUAUAAUGUGACCGAGGAUUCUACGUUUUAUAAUUGCGAUUACAUAAACGCAACGUUUAUAUUGAAAGAGAAAGAUUGGAAAGCCCAUUAGAUCAGUGAACGCACACAGUUAAUUAUUAAUUAAUUCAAAUUCAGAUUCUUGUACGAAUGAAUUUGAAGCUCCAUCCGCAAUGUUAAAUUACAAUGAUAUUAACGUGUAUAUUAACGUGUGAGUGGCGUACCUCCGAUUGAUUUUAAAUUUCACUGAGAAAAAAAUAUACUAAAAAAAAAAUUUUCUUUCAUUUUAGUAAACCAUGUGUUUGCAUACAACUGUGAAUGCAUUUUUAAAAAAUAAGAAGUUGUAUUUAUUAAUUUAAAGAACAU